AUGACGCCGGUCAAGUCCUCUUGGUCUCGACGCCUUCAGAUGCUUGGUACUGCCUCGCUACCAGCGCUUCUCGUCGGCGGGCUUAUCCUCAUACUGGUCGGCGCCAAUGCCCUUUCAAACCCUACUUCAACUCGGAACCCUACUGCGUCAGGUGAAUUUGGCAAAUCGAGAGUCUCGGGCCAACUCGCCUUCAAGAUUGGUGGUGAAUGGAGUGUCCAGUCCUGGAUCGCUGUUACAGGUGUUGCUUUUGGGCUGUUGUCAUUCGGCUUCGCAGAGACAUACAUGCAUGUAUUCGAUGCUUGGUGUAGCCGACAAGCUCACUGUGUUAACGGCCUUGACUACGCUCGAUAUCUCAACUCUCAGGCCCGGGCACCAGUACGUUACGGCCUCAGAGGAUUUCCGGUCUUUAUCACUUUGAGAUACAUCAUUACUGCCAUGUGUAUCGCUGCGUCAAUUGGGUACAAGUUCGCCAUCGUUACCCCGGAAGUUAGGGUCAGUGAAAACCUCGGCGCAGAUGUAGUAAACUAUCUGCCUCAUCGAAUGUCAAUGAUAACAAACGACUCUUCCUUUGCUAAUCCAGAGCCUUGGAUCUCCGAUAUUCCACUCCACAACGACAGCCGCGCAUUUUCUCAUGCCUAUCCGUCCAUACCAUCGUACAAUAAUGAUGCGCUCGAACAUGCGAAUACUACUGUCCCACCCGUCAGCAUUAUUAUGGUUGGCCAUGCUAGUUGCAUGCACAACGAGACUCUCAACCCUUAUUUCAGCCAGACGGAUAUAGGAAUCAUAUUCACUCGAGAGUUGGCAUUGAUUGCUAAGCAUUCAGAGGUUAAAGGCACGUUCACCAUGACAGAAGAUAAAGGCGACUGGCAGAGGAUCGAGGCGUCUAACAGUGGGAUUUUUUCUCCUCCGCAAAACGCCAUUAUCGAAUACCGCGUUCCCAAGUUUGCAGAGCUUGAAGUACAAUGGGCAAAGGCACCCAACGAUUCCUCAAAUAUGUGGGAAGUGCCCGUAGUCCAACGCUCCCGAUACACUAUAAACGCAGGCAUGGCUCAAGUCAGGAGACGCCUGGAAACUCAAGACUGCAAAGGCCUCAUAGGCUUCGGAGGCUCUGGAGUGACUCUACGUGCUGUCAACAACGACACCCUCGGGUACUUCCUACAAAGAAGGGGAAUCGUCAUGAGUAAGGACGAAAUAGGACAAGACCGCUUUAAUAUCACCAAGAAGAUACCUGAGUACAGUGUUUGGCUAGAGCCUCUGGUCAAGACCCAAGAUACUACACUUCUUGCUUCUGUCAGUGCUAUCGUCAGAGCCGUCAUGACCGCUUACAGGAUGGACAUGUGGGGGACGCCAAUCAUUGAGGAGGAUGACAUGCCAUUUGGGGAAGAAACAGACCAUGUAUCAGAAACAUACCCAGGAUUAAAGAGUCCAUUCUACGUGGGAACGCGAGUGGACAGGUACUCUGGAUGUUAUUCCAGCGCCGCUGUUGUCUUUAUUGUUUUCGGCUGCUUUGCUAUCUUGGUUGGGGUAUUCCGCGUGUGGCUUGGUCCGCCUGUUCUGACUUCUUGGAUGGGACAGCACGUGUAUCUGGCUCGCACGGAAGGGAUUUCCCUGUCUGAGAAGGUGUCGAGUUUGGCUUCAGGGUAUCAGGUAGCCAAACCUGAUCUCGGAAGACUACGGUUAUCAACCCAGAAGGGGGAGGAAGCGGGCGCCAUGUUGGGACACGACAAUGGCACCGAUUCGGAGGGACAAUCAACCAAGGGACGAGGGGAUACCGGUGAGGUCCAUGGAAUUGUAACGCAUGUGGACGGCGUAGGGUUAAUGAGAAGGUAG